AUGCGAUUAAAACAACUUAUAGUUGGGUUCAAAGCCCUGCGCGCUCUAUGUCUGGAGGAUCUACGAAUCCCUCCUUCCUAUACGAAAAAUUUCCAAGGCCCGCCUCAUGGCAUCCAAGUUGAGAGAGAUAAAUUGAACAAAUAUGGGCGUCCCCUAUUAGGAUGUACUAUUAAACCAAAAUUGGGGUUAUUCGCUAAGAACUACGGUAGAGCAGUUUAUGAAUGUCUUCGUGGUGGACUUGAUUUUACGAAAGAUGAUGAGAACGUGAACUCACAACCAUUUAUGCGUUGGAGAGACCGUUUCUUAUUUUGUGCCAAAGCAAUUUUUAAAUCACAGGCUGAAACAGGUGAAUUCAAAGGGCAUUACUUGAAUGCUACUGCAGGUACAUGCGAAGAAAUGAUCAAAAGGGUUGUAUUUGCCAGAGAAUUGGGAGUUCAUAUCGUAAUGCAUGACUACUUAACAGGGGGAUUUACUGCAAAUACUAGCUUGGCUCAUUAUUGCCGAGAUAAUGGACUACUUCUUCACAUCCAUCGUGCAAUGCAUGCAGUUAUUGAUAGACAGAAAAAUCAUGGUAUACACUUUAGGGUACUAGCUAAAGCCUUACGUAUGUCUGGUGGAGAUCAUAUUCACUCUGGUACUGUAGUAGGUAAACUUGAAGGAGAAAGAGACAUUACUUUGGGCUUUGUUGAUUUACUACGUGAUGAUUUUAUUGAAAAAGGUCGAAGCCACGGUAUUUAUUUCACUCAAGAUUGGGUCUCUCUACCAGGUGUUCUGCCCAUAGCUUCUGGGGGUAUUCACGUUUGGCAUAUGCCUGCUUUGACCAAGAUCUUUGGAGAUGAUUCCAUACUACAAUUCGGCGGAGGAACUUUAGGACACCCUUGGGGAAAUGCACCGGGUGCCGUAGCUAAUCGAGUAGCUCUAGAAGCAUGCGUAGAAGCUCGUAAUGAGGGACCUGAUCUUACUCGUGAGGGUAAUGAAAUUAUCCGUGAGGCUAGCAAGAGUCCUAAACUAGCUGCUGCUUGUGAAGUAUGGAAAGAGAUCAAAUUUGAAUUCGAAGCAAUGGAUACUUUGUAAUCCAAUAAUUACCGUUCGUUCUCUUAAUUGAAUUGCAACUAAACUCGACAGAUCGGAAGAGUCGUC